GUAUUCCACUCAAAAAAAUUUAAGCACCUAUGAUCGAGAUCGACAAGUCAUUCAGCUACUUCAAGCCCAUUUCGGCAAGAUGUUGUGUGGUUGUGUGGUGAUUACCAAUCCGUUCCCCAAACACACCUCCUUUCUCCGAUUCUCCGUACCCACAUUUAAACUCAACCUCACCUCUCCCCAAAACACCUUCACAACAUGAAGUGAACAACCAAAACUCAGCAAAAUGGCAUCCCCAAUCCAGCAAACCAUUACCAGAUUGAUCUCACACUACCCAUGGGCCACCUCCCCUCUCAUCGUUGGAGCGCCCAUGAAAGUGAUCGCCGGGCCCUCCCUCGCCAUCGCCGUCUCGAGCGCCGGAGGCCUGGGCUUCAUCGGGCCCGGCGCCUCACCCUCUGAUCUCGAGUCCUCCCUCUCCCUCGCCUCGCAACUGAUCUCCUCCUCGCCUUCCCUCUCCAAGUUCGCCCAAGAAACCGGAACUUUACCUAUUGGCGUAGGCUUCCAGACCUGGGCCGGCGAUCUCCGCGUUGCAACUCAGGUGCUAGAGAAGUUCAAGCCGAGCGCUGUGUGGCUUUUCGCGCCUAGGCAUGGACAGAAGGAACUGGAUGAGUGGAGUAGGAAGAUUAGGGAAGUGAGUAGGGGGACGAAGAUUUGGAUUCAGGUGCCGAGUGUCGCAGAUGCUGUUGCGGCGGCGAAGAGCGAGGAGAGGGCCGAUGUGCUUGUUGUCCAGGGUGCUGAUGCUGGGGGUCAUUCGAGGUCGAAAGGGGCAGGGAUCAUUACGUUGCUGCCUGAGGUUUACGAUGCUGUGAAUGACGGAGUGGAGCCUGAGAAUCAGAUUCCGUUGAUUGCUGCAGGAGGGAUUAUUGAGCAACGUGGUGCGGGUGCUGCGAUGGUGUUAGGUGCUGCUGGUGUGGCGAUGGGGACGAGAUUUUUAGCGAGCAGAGAGGCGACGAUCAACAGGGGGUAUCAAAGGCACAUUGUUGAUGCUAGUGAUGGGGGUCAGAACACAGUCAGGACGCAGCUGUAUAAUUGGUUGAGGGGCGAGAGGAACUGGCCGGCCGGAUGGGAUGCAAGGGGUUUGGUUAAUGAGAGUUGGAGGGAUCAUGAUAAGGGUGUGGAGUUUGAGAGGAAUAGAGAGUUGUAUGCUGAGGCUGCGAAGAAGGGAGAGGGGGGGUGGGGAGAAAGGGGGCGGAUGGCGACAUAUGCGGGGACUGGUGUUGGGUUGGUCAGGGGGGUGAAGGGGGCUGGGGAGAUUGUCUCCGAGGUGAGAGAUGGGAUCCGGAAGGUGAUUAGUAGAGCUUCAAAUGAACUUUGAGUUCCACUACAAAUAGCGGCAAGGCGUAAGGCUGACCUUUGAAGGCUUUUUGUCCCAGGAAAGCGGACGACUGGGUUUUACCCGUCGUCUCUACCGUACUCGGGGAACUGCCGGACUGCUUGUCAGGGGGUGUCUCCACCGCUCUUUUGGCACUGAAGAAGCCCGCUUCCACUAAGCUUUGGAGGAAGAGGGGUGACUUUCGCUUCGCCUCGACCAUAGUCGUCUACAAAACUACAAAAAUAGGUACCAGGCUGUCGGGGCGCCAUCGAGGUCG